GUCAAUCCAACAAUAAUUGUCAUCUGCAUGUCAUUUUGAUGCCAAUCUAGCCCAUUUUAUUUCAAUUUUAGUACAAAAAGUAAACCUAAAGUAGUUUUAUUUACAAAUUUACAUAAACUGCUUCCAAUCUUUUGGUAAGAAAACCAAAUAUUAAAUGCGAUUGCAUCGCCUUCGUUUACCUUUAGUGUGAGCGUGGUUUUGUGGUCAUUCAUCAACAAUUAUUAUCGUAUCGUAUUCGUUCUUUUGUCCCAAAACAUUGCCCAUAUUAUUCCAAAGACUAAGGUAUUACUGCACUGUUUGAACAACACAGAAAAUGAAUUUAAUGCCUUCCGGCGCGAUAAAGGAAAGAAAAUUUAAUAUUUAACUAUGAGUAGUGUACCUACAUCAAGUAAAGCGAAAUCUGACGAUGAUUUCGAAGAUGAAGAUAUAUUUGACGAUUCUAUAUUUUUGGACAACUUCGGCAACUCAUCAUUUAAAAAAAAUAAACUUUCGAGUAGUCUCUUUAAUGAUUCGGCUAAUAAAAGUGGGCUCAAUGUCAGUGCCCUAUGCUGUGAUGAAGAAAUCAGUGGUUAUGAUAAGUUGACAGGAAAAACAUGGAUUUACCCAACAAAUUAUCCAGUGAGCGACUAUCAAUUCAAUAUUAUAAAGGCUGCUAUACUAAAGAAUACUUUAGUGAGUCUACCAACAGGACUGGGGAAGACUUUUAUAGCUGCAGUCAUAAUGUACAACUUUUACCGUUGGUAUCCAGUUGGCAAGAUAGUGUUUACUGCACCAACUAGACCACUGAUAGCACAACAGAUUGAGGCGUGCUAUAAUAUCAUUGCAAUUCCACCUGCUGACACUAUUGAAAUGACUGGACACAUGCAAGCUACCACAAGGCAAAGCCAUUGGAUUAAUAAAAGGGUGUUUUUUGCAACACCACAAGUUGUAUACAAUGACAUCAAGUCAGGAAUAUGUCCUGGGGAUAAAAUUCGGUGUCUAGUGAUUGACGAAGCACACAGAGCAAGAAAAAAUUAUGCAUACUGUCAGAUAGUAUCCUGUUUAGAUGAUAUUGGCCAUAAAACAUACAGACUUCUGGCUUUGUCAGCUACACCAGGCAGUAAAGUAGAAGAUGUUGUUAGCGUAAUAAACAGUCUGCAUAUAGCUCAUUUAGAGCUGAGGACUGAAGAGUGUAUAGAUGUGGCACCAUACAGUUAUUCAAGGAAAAUCAAUACAGUCAUUGUGCAGUUAGGACCGGAGUUAAUGUUACUUAGACAAAAUUAUAUUGAGAUUUUAGAUGUAUACGCAAGAAGACUGAAACAGUUGAAUAUACUGCCACAGAAUCUGGGAAAUUUAUCAAAGGGUAGAAUUGUGAUGCUUUACAAGGAAUUUCAAUCGAAAGACCGAGGUUCAAGGCAUCCACAACACAACUACAUAAUGAAAGAUUUCACCAUACUGAUUGCAUUGUACCAUGGCCUGGAACUACUUCUUAAACACGGCUCCAGAGUUUUCCUCAAUUUCUUUGACGAACAUCCAGAGAAAUCAUGGAUACAAGCAGAUGACAAGUUGACUUCGCUUUUAGAAAGACUGCGUGAUGAUUUGGGAAUCAAUCCCAUGUCUUUGAACACUAGCAUAUUGCCAGAUGGAACUAUACCUGAGAUACCAAAACAUAUACGCUUCGGCCAUCCAAAGUUUGAUAAAUUGAAGGAAAUAAUGAUGGAACACUUCACAGCAGCCAAAAAGAAGGGUGUGGAUACAAGAGCUAUAGUUUUCUGCGAGUACCGGGAAAGUGUAAAUUUAGUAAAUUGCUUGUUAUUACAAUGUCGUCCACUCAUCACACCGCAAACUUUCGUCGGUCAGGGGGCGUCAGGAAAAGACGGCAAGACGCAGGUAUCUCAGAAGCAGCAGCUGCGCGUGAUGCGUGCGUUCCGCGCGGGCGCGUGCAACACGCUCGUGGCCACGUGCGUCGCCGAGGAGGGGCUGGACGUCGGCGCCGUCGACCUCAUCCUCUGCUUCGACAUCUCCACGCGCUCGCCCAUACGGCUCGUGCAGCGAUGCGGUCGGACGGGUCGGGAACGCAGUGGACAAGUUCACAUAUUGGUCACCGAGGGCAGAGAACAUCAGACUUUGAUGGACUGCAUGCGUCAAAGAGAUGGUCUGAAUAAGAAGAUAUUACAAUCCAAAGAGGUUGAAAAUAGUUUGUAUGGACAGAAUCCGCGCAUGAUACCCCACGAUUUCAUGCCUGCGUGUGAAAAAAUGUACAUCACUGUUGCAAAGAAAAGUGAUGUUAAAAAGGGCAACACUAACAAUGAUUUAAAGGGUCAGAAAGAUUUACGUACAAUGUUACUAGACCGAGGCGCGUCGUCUGCUGCUAAGUCCAAAAGUGAAACCUCUGAAACAAGUUUUCUAAUUGAAUCGGAAUUCAAUGAACUGUUUCCCGAAGGAUUUGUUGAAACCAAUUACUUCGAAGAAUCAAAGGAAUAUUUCUCUAUGCCUAAAGAUUCUAUGAAGACUCAUCAAGGCGAUAAAGGAAGAAUAAAACUAUAUACGUGGCUAGAAUGGCAAAGAAAUUCCCAAAAGACUGUUACAGUAGGCCAUUCAAAAGAUUCGGACAUACUAACUGAAUUGUUACGAUUCAGUGACGCCAAGAGAUUUGAAUCGCAAUCGUUAACUCAAAGUUUAACUAGUCCAAUUAAAUCAUCACUAAAUGUACCAUCGUCACCAGCAAAACCAGUGUUCCCGUCGUCUGCGUCGCCGAGUAAAACAGUUACUAUAGUGUUUCCGUCACCAAAGAAAACAAAAGUCUCUAAAAAGAAACAGAAAGUUGAAACUAAAUCGCCAGCCAAAAACAAUGGUGACAUCAGAGCUCUUUUCAGCACUACAACGAAAUCUACAAAAAAUUAUACAAAACUAAUUACCGAUCUAGGUAUACCAAACGAUGGUAGCAUACCCACGAGUAUUAUUAAUCUUCUAGUUGAUUUGAAUUUAAACAAUUCUUCCAAGAAAUGUUACGUCUGUGACAACCUUUGCAAAUGUACUAUGAUAACACACAUUAAAUCAAAUAAAUUUGAACCGUCAAUGCAGUUGCAAUUCUUAAUAGAUCCGCAUUUACCAGAUAUUAAUUUAAUACAACAUUUUGACACCGCAACAAUUUUAAAGUGUAAAAUAGAAAAGGAGAAUUCUCAUAAUAUAUCUGAAAGGGAUCGGAAACAAGACAUUCAUUGUCAUGACGGAGACAAUAACUUUGAUUUAGACUUUGAUAUUGAAACCUCAAAUGAAUCAAGUCCUAAAAAUGUGGUGAAACAUAGUAAAGAUGAUAUUGAUGCAUCAACUAACUUUGAUAUUGGUGACAUUGAUGACAUAUUUAACGACAACACUCCGCCUGAACCUAAUGAGGACAUAAAGGAAAAUGUUGAAGAAAAUAAAACGGAAGGAGAAACAUUAAAAUUCUUUGGUUUAAAUAGCAUAGAAGAUAUAUUCGCGGAUUAUGAUGAUAGUUCCGAUAUCAUUUCGGAUGAUAAAAAUAUGAAGGUGGAAAAUAAUAAUAUUAAUAUUCCAAUGACUGAUAGCAGUCCAAAACCUACCGUCAGACUUCCUGCUUCAGACAUACCUGAGCAGCCGCUAAGCCCUUCAAUUUUAUCUGGCCAAAUAAGAAAUACGAAAUCUAUAACCUCACCAAUACUAUGCAGUCAAUCUCGUCGAUUACAGUUAAACACAAAGAAAAAUACAUCUAUUUCUACACCCAAAGCGAAGAAGCGGCUAACAUUAGGACAAAGUGAUAACAAUGACGAUUCGGCAGAAGAAAUAGAAGUUACAAAGACAAGUCUUGUAAAAACUUCUCAAAGAAAAAAUAUAAGUGAUAAAAGCAUGCUUACUAUAACGCAACUUGUAGAAAUGGUCAAUAAAAGUGGUGGCGGUGAGACAAACGUGAAUGUCAGAAAAAAUACAAGUCCUGAACAUAAUAUAAUUAAAGAAAGAAGUGUAUCGCCAAUUCUUUUAACACAAGCUGAGAAACGGAAGUCAUUUUCAUCAAAUCCAAACUCUAAUAUAUCUCAAGGAUCUUUUAAAAUUAAUGAAUCUAUUAUUAUUCUAGAAAGUGACAGUGAUUCAGACGAUGCUGAAAUAUGUAAUCACGUAAAUGAUAUUAUGAAUAAAUCCUUUGCAGAAAAUGUCAAUAUACAUCAACCCACUAUUAAUCUUGCGAUUAGUGCACAUGACAAUAACAUUUUAAAAACAAAUACGAUUUCUCCAACGACAAGCAAAAGAAAACUAGAAAUAGAUGAUUUUAGUAACGUAACAAAUUCUCCAUAUUUCAAUAAAAGGCAAAAACUACAAAAUCAAGACAAUAAACAGAUCUCACUGCAAGAAAAGAUUUUAAGUGUUUUAAAAUCAGACAAGUCAAGUGUAUUUAAAAAUAAUCACACUAAUCUUCACUGCACUGUGUCACAACCACAAUCAAAUACACCCAAAGAAAAUUGUAAUCCUCAAUUUCUAAACCACAGCAAUAAAGAUGAUAUCACUAAAAGUAAGUUAGAGAUGUUACAAAUGUAUAGAAGAGAUAACAAAAUACAUGAAAGCGUUAGAAAUAAAGUUCACACAUUAUUCAAAGAUGCUAGUCAACAACCUACGCUUCCACAAAAACGACGAAUAGAAUUUGAUGAGAGCGACGAUGACUUUGAAGACAAUGAGACUAAAAAUGAUUUCAGGAGUCCAAACAUCAUAAAAUAUAACAAUAAAGCAUCAUUAACCAAAAAUCACAAAGUGCGUAAAAAAAGGAGAAAGGAAAAUUCGUUUCUUGAUCUGGAAGCUGAGCAAUCUGAUGAUAGCAGAAGCGAUAGUGGAGACGAAUUAUCAGACGACAGUAUCGGCAGCGUAGCAGAAUUCAUAUGCGACGAAAACAUCACCCACCAUGAAGAUAUGCAUGCGCAUUACAUCAAGUCUGUUAGAAGUCCCUUAAAAGUAAAAGGCGGUUUCAAAAUCCCAGAAUUACCGAAGAGGUUUAACAGAGCCGAUAUUUUAUCGCAAUACGUGGAGGAAGAUGAAUACGAGAUGGACAGUUUUUGUGUCGACUCUCACAUAGGAUUGACGCAAGUAAACGACGUGUCCGAACUUGAGCUGGCGGAAAUUAUUUUAGAGAACAAGAAAAAAUCUAAAAGGAAUGGCAAAGUUCGCCAAAUGACACAGCCAAAUGAUGACAGUCCCGUCAUAAAAAGACGAAACAAAAAGUCGAACAGGCAAAUUCACAGCGAUUCGGACGACAGCAGUUGAGGAUUGAUAAGACUGAUAGUUGGUGCUAUAAUGUAUGCAAAGACGCAAGUGUACCCGCUCUAAUUUUAUUUAGCAUAUCUAUGCAAUUAAUUGCAUCACUUGGCCCAUUGGAAAACUGAUUCCAAAUGAGUGGAGGAUCCGAACAUGUUAAUUAUAUUCUAUGAAGAAUAGUGGCUUCAGAUUUGAGUUACCUCACUAAUAUAAAGAGCAACAACGUUAGUGAAACUACGAAAAGUUUACUAGCAUUGCCCCAUGAACCAAAUUAUGUGACGCCGUAUAAAACUGUGAUAUACUUGAGCUGGACUUUAGUACAAAAAUAUUUAUUUAAUUUCAAUUAUUUAUGUGUGUGUAUAUAAAUUUUUGUACAAUUCCUACAUUUUAUAUAAUAAUUGGAAUCAUGAGAAAUAAAAAGCGAAAUGGAUAAUUAUUUAA